AUGUUUGAAAUGCUUUCUGAUGACUUAAUCAUGGAUAUUUUUGAGUAUCUCGACGUUGUUCGUCUCUAUAAAGCAUUUUGUGGGCACAAUCAACGUUUCAACGAUAUUCUUUAUGAUCAACGUCUCCGACUGCACUUCGACACAUUAGUAAUGAAUGAAAAUUUUGAUUUUGAUUUUGAUUAUUGUUAUUUAAUUCUACAAAUUGUUUCGUUGAACAUGGUGUUGAACAACACUAGUGGACGACGUUUACUCUCGCUGUGCACAUCCGAAUAUUCUUCGUUACUGCAACAUUUAACAAUAAGUGAUGAUUGUUCUCUAAAUGAUUUAGUUCAAUUAUUACAGAAGACACAGAUUCGUUAUGUGCACGUUCGACGACUGACAAUUGGUAAAACAGCUAUAUCAAUGGCCAUUGUCCAUUUAGAAUAUUUGGAACAUUUGAAAUUGAACAAUGUUAAUCAUAGUUUCAAGGCAAUUGAACAAUUGCUAAAGAUAAUACCGGCAUUAAAAACGUUUAAAAUCACAAAUAUAAAUCCUAUUGAGUAUUCAGUCCAAAACAAUUGUGCCGUUUUGAACGAUGAUGAUUUGGAAGAAUUCAUCAGUGACAAGAACUGGUUGAAACGAAACUUUGAAAUUUUCGUGACAUCACGCAAUGACGGUAUCUAUGCGAUAGUGCACGGCAAAAAAAAGUAUCAAUGA